AUGAAUCCUUUAUUAUUUGAAGAAGCAGUAUAUAAUUUUCCUUAUCUAAUUUACAGCUUGGAGAAGAGGAUGAAUAUCAAAGAUUAACAAAAAUUAGUGAUGCUAUCAAAUUAGUAGCUGGAGCUAUUAUGAGGAUUAGAAGUUUUAAUAAUUGGCAGAUCUUAAAAUAUAGUAAGAAUACAUUAAAUAUAUAUUUAGUGAUAUGUUCUUAUCCCUUUUAGCAGGAAGUAAUAUAAUUAUUGAUGAAUACAAUCUUCGACUAUUUUUAAGAUAUUGAUUUUCUUAACGCUUUUGAAAAAGCCUUACUGGAAAUAGCUUAAUUGAAAGAGUAAAGAGUGUUUCUAAGCUCUCGAUCCCAAUCUCUUAGGAUUGGUGUUCUUUAGCAAAAGUAAUAAUUUUAAAUUAGAAGUUAGUUAUAAUAAUAUGAAUAUACGAAAUGAAUAACUUAAAUAAAGUUCUAUACCAUUUGCCAAAACUGUAAUAGAGCAAUUGACAGUGGCAAAAAAAUUUGCAGCUUCUUUUAUUAAAAAAUACAUAAUUUUAGCAAAAAAUUUGAAUUAAGACAUAAAAGAAAGAGUUUAUAUAAUAAAGGAUUUUGUAGUAAAUACUCGAGAUCAUCAUUUUAUUAUAUUAUUAAUAAAUACAUUUGAAGAAUUAAAAGAAUUUGAAUUAAGGGAUUAAAGUUGGAUAGUACAUUUUGAUCAUGAAAUUGAAUAAUGUAUUUAAAAUAAUGAAAUUUAGAUUGUGUUUAACACAAUAUAUUAGUGCCUCAUUUUAUAGAAAAGUAAAAUAGGCAUAAGUAAUUUGAGUAAAGUUCAUCUGAGAGUGAUUCAGAGGAGGAUAAAGAUUCUGAAUCAUAAAAACAUGAAUCAUCUAAUUCAAAUUCUUGUAGUGAUAGAUAAUCAUAAAUUGAUGAAGAAGAAUUAAUAUAAAAAUGGAUUGCAUAAAAAGAAUUUAUCAUAGAAUAAUAACAAAUAAUAACAUUAUCAAAAGAUGAAAAUUUAAUAGUUUUAAUAAGUUUUCUUUUAAAUCCAAAUGAAGAAUUAAUUGAUGAUUGUUGGGUAUAAUAAUUUAAUAUUUUUUUAGAAGGAUCAAUAUCCUAUAGAAGAUCUUAAUAAUGAUGGAAUAUCUUAAAAGAUUAGAAAUUAGAAAAUUGAAUUCCAUGCUAUUGUGAGAUCUUUUAAGACUGCACAGAUGUUUCAUCAUAGAUAGAAUUUAGAAAAGUUAUAAUAAUAUAAUUAGACAUUUCUAAAGAUAUUUUGUAAUAUUAAUAAAUUAUAAUUAAGUUAAGUAAACUUCAGAAGCAUUUAAAAUAAAAAAUAGAAAUUUAAAUUUGAAUCACUUAACCUUAACUAUAGAUUCUUUUUUAACAGUAUUUCCUAAAAGUUCUAUGGCUCUAAUUUUAGAAAAUUAAAUACUAUUUGAUUUAUCAACUUAUAUUUAUAAUCCAUUAAUUAUGGGUUUAUUGAUAGAUAUUCAUCAAAUCUAAUUAAAUAAAUAUGAUUUUGGACUUUCUUUUAUUGAAUAAAUUUGGAAAUAUUAAUUAUUUGCUGAUUGGUUUAUGUGGGUACAAAACAUAUUAUCUGAAAAAGAAAAUGAUUAUAAUCAAUUAGAAUAAUAAAUGAAAAGUGAAAACAUAGUAAGAAUUUAUAUGUAUUUUUAGGAAUUUAUAAUAAAAUCUCUUAAAGAAUUAUCAAAAAAAGAAUAGAAAAUUAUUAAACCAAAAAAUUAAGAUGAUAAUAAAAUUAAAUUAACAUAAUUAUUUGGAUCACUUUAAUCUGGUAAAAAUUUGAUAAAAUAAAAUACAAAAGAUUAUGAAAAUUGGAAAUUAAAUUCAAAAAUAAAAGAACAUUUAACAAUAGAAGAAUUUAAAACCUAAGAUUAUGAUAAUCUUAUGGAUUUUACUAAAUAGAGAGAUUAAAUCUAUAAAUAAUAAUUAGAAAAAAAGAUUUCAGAUGAAAUAUAAAUCUAAAUUGAUAAUAUAUAAUUAAAAAGAUCUUCAAGAAUUAGAAUGUCUUAAUCCAAUAAUAAUCAUUAUUUAUCACCUAUGUCUAAUUCUAAAUUUAAUUUACAUACUAAUUCAUCUAUUUAAAGUCAAAGUGAUAGUUAACCAAAUAGUAGUCGUUCAAUUAAAUUACCAUCUAUAUAUACAAACAACUAAUAUACUGAAUCCAAAUUUAAUGCAAUUUAAAGUUUUAGUUCUUAAGGAGAAAUUAAUAUUGAUUUGAAAACUAGAAAUUUAAGUAGUUUUGGAUAAUCUCCUAAAAAUAGCAAACUUGGUUUAGCUAGUUAAAGAAGACUCAAAACAGAAAAUGAUGAUAAUGGUAUUAAUUCUAUUUAAUCAAAUGAUGGAUUUUCAAGUAGUAGACUUAUAACAAUAUAUCCAACUAAAUAAGCAUAAAUUAAAUUUGAAUAAUCAAAGUCUGUUUAAAGAUAAGAUUAAAUUAUAGUUGAAAAUUGUUUACGCUUUUUUAGUGAGAUACUUAGAACAAUAUUAGACUAUUUUUAAUAACCUAAUAAGACUAAUUUAUAAUAAUUAAAUGAAUAAAUACUCAUUUAACAAAUAUUAAGUAUGAAUUUUUUGAAUUCCAUAUUUGAAAUAUAUUUAUCAAGUUUAAUAGAUUAAAAUAUUUAACAAUAAAAAAUAGGUGAAAUUUGUGGAUAAUUAAUUAAUUAAAUAUAUUUCAAAAGUCAUCAUAUUGAACUCUUUUAAUUAUUAAGAGAAUAAUUAAGAACACUUUUUUUAGCUAAUGUUGAUAAUCUAACAAGAGCAAUAGUAGCAAUAAAUAAAUAAAUUAGAUUAUAAUCAAAAUUUGUAAAUAAGUGUCAAUUAUAACUAUUAUUAUAAACUUACUUUUUUGGAUUUAAUUUGUUUAGUAUUCAUACUUAAUUACCAAGUACAUCAAAUAUUUAUAAACAUUUAAAUGAAACUGUAAUGCAUAUAUUUAUUAUUUGGUUUUUUGAUAGUCAAUAAAAUAAUUGCUAUUAAUAUUUCUUUACUAAAUUUUUAACUAUUUUAUUUGCAAAAGCUCCUAUACAAUCAUUAACCAACAUUCUAUUUAAUAUUGGAUUAAUAAAUUCUAUAUAUAAUGCAUUUUAAUCAUUCUGGAUAAAUGGAAUGAAAAGUAAUUGUUUUGAGCCAGGAGUCUAUUUUUAUUUAAGAAUGAUUAUAUAUGUGAUAAAUAAGUCUCUUAAUCAUAGAAAUAUGACUAUUUUACAAGAAUAUUUAUAACCAUUAGAAUCAUGGAAAGGUGUUAAAUAGUUAAUUCCUGAUGAAGAUUCAAAUUACAUGAUUGAAUUAUAAGAAUUACUAAAAACAGGACAAACUCCAAUAAGAAAGAUUUAAUUAAAGAGAACAAAACUAGAAAAAUUAAAAUCUUAAUUGACUGUCGAUUGUUUUGAUAGUAAAUUAAAGGAGAUAAAAUAAUUUGAAUAGGCUUAAUUAGAAAAAUAAAAAUAAUCAUCUACUCCUAAAGUACUAUAAUAAGGAAAGAAAUUACCAAAUAGAUUAAGUUAAAGAUCACUUAGGAAUAGAGCAAGUUUAAAAAACGAUAAUUGA